AUGCAAAUCUUCGUAAAGACUCUUACCGGCAAGACCAUUACUUUGGAAGUCGAAUCUUCUGAUAGUAUCGAAAACGUCAAGCAAAAGAUCCAAGACAAGGAAGGUAUCCCUCCUGACCAACAGAGACUUAUCUUUGCUGGUAAACAACUCGAAGAUGGCCGUACCCUCUCUGACUACAACAUCCAAAAGGAAUCUACUCUUCACUUGGUUCUCCGUCUUCGUGGUGGUAUGCAAAUCUUUGUUAAGACUCUCACUGGUAAAACUAUUACCUUGGAAGUCGAGUCCUCUGAUAGUAUCGAAAAUGUCAAGCAAAAGAUCCAAGACAAGGAAGGUAUCCCUCCUGAUCAACAACGUCUCAUUUUCGCCGGUAAACAACUCGAAGAUGGCCGUACCCUCUCUGACUACAACAUCCAAAAGGAAUCUACUCUUCACUUGGUUCUCCGUCUUCGUGGUGGUAUGCAAAUCUUUGUCAAGACUCUCACUGGUAAAACUAUUACCUUGGAAGUCGAGUCCUCUGAUAGUAUCGAAAAUGUCAAGCAAAAGAUCCAAGACAAGGAAGGUAUCCCUCCUGAUCAACAACGUCUCAUUUUCGCCGGCAAGCAGCUCGAAGAUGGUCGUACUUUGAGUGAUUACAACAUCCAAAAAGAAUCUACUCUUCACUUGGUCCUUCGUCUUCGUGGCGGUCAAUAA